AUGCUGGUGAAGAAGCAUGCGGGGAAAGGUGGGGGCCGGGAGCCAGGCUCCGAGGACCCGAGGCAGCGUUGUGCCUGGACCGUGCCGCCGUGCACCUCCCUGGCGGCCCUUCUCUCAGUGGUGGCCCUGAUGUCUUGUCUGUACCUUGGGGUGAAAACCAACGACCUCCAGGCGAGGAUCGCUGCUCUCGAAUCCGCAAAAGGGGACCCUUCCAUUCAUCUGCUCCCUGAUCGCCUGGAUCAGCUCAAAGCAGUGGUGCAAGAGAAAGUGGAGCAACUUCUGGCUCAGAGAUCCUAUGAACAUAUGGCUAAAAUAAGAAUCGCAAGAGAAGCACCUUCAGAGUGCAACUGCCCAGCAGGCCCUCCGGGGAAACGAGGUAAGAGGGGCCGAAGAGGAGAAUCUGGUCCUCCUGGCCAACCUGGUCCUCAGGGCCCUCCUGGUCCAAAAGGUGAUAAGGGAGAACAAGGUGACCAGGGACCUCGGGGUCUGCCAGGCUUCCCCACAGUUGCUGCUCUGCACAGUAAUCAGAUCCUCACCGUCAAGGGUGACCAAGGGCAGGCUGGGCCUCCAGGACCUCCAGGCCCUCCCGGCCCAAGAGGGCCUCCUGGGGACACAGGGAAAGAUGGCCCUCGUGGAAUGCCAGGAGUGCCUGGUGAAUCAGGGAAACCAGGAGAACAAGGCUUGAUGGGUCCUCUGGGGCCUCCAGGACAAAAGGGUUCUGUUGGAAUGCCUGGAAUUCCAGGGGUGAAUGGUCAAAAGGGUGAGCCUGGGUUGCCUGGAACAGUAGGACAAAACGGAAUACCAGGGCCAAAGGGAGAACCUGGAGAUCGAGGAGAAAAGGGAGAUGCUGGAGAGAGUGGCCCCAAAGGUGACACAGGCGAAAAGGGUGACCCUGGAUCAUCUGCGGCAGGAAUUAAGGGGGAACCUGGAGAAUCUGGUCGUCCAGGGCAAAAGGGUGAACCAGGGCUUCCUGGGCUUCCUGGACUUCCGGGGAUAAAGGGAGAACCAGGUUUCAUUGGUCCUCAAGGAGAACCAGGCUUACCAGGGUUACCAGGAACAAAGGGUGAACGUGGGGAGGCAGGGCCUCCUGGAAGAGGUGAGCGAGGGGAGCCUGGAGCCCCUGGACCAAAGGGUGAUCGUGGAGAGAAAGGGGACUCUGGAGCCCUGGGACCAAGGGGUCCACCUGGUCAAAAGGGAGAUCAAGGAGCCACUGAGAUCAUAGACUACAAUGGCAACCUCCACGAAGCCUUGCAGGGUCCCCCUGGACCACCUGGACCUCAAGGACUACAAGGGCCAAAGGGAGAGCCAGGAUCUCCAGGAAUCCCAGGAGUUGAUGGAGAGCAGGGACUUAAAGGCUCAAAGGGAGACAUGGGGGACCCAGGUAUGCCAGGUGAAAAAGGAGGAAUCGGACUUCCUGGAUUACCGGGUGCCAAUGGAAUGAAAGGAGAAAAAGGAGACUCUGGAUUACCAGGUCCUCAGGGUCCUUCCAUCAUAGGCCCACCAGGCCCACCAGGCCCCCAUGGCCCACCAGGCCCCAUGGGACCUCAUGGACUUCCUGGACCAAAGGGUGAACCAGGGUUAAAUGGUGUUAAAGGAUUGAAGGGUGAACCAGGUCAAAAGGGUGACAGAGGACCCCUUGGUCUUCCAGGAGCAUCUGGCUUAGACGGGAAGCCAGGAUCCCGGGGUACAGAUGGCCCUAUGGGACCCCAUGGCCCUGCAGGUCCCAAAGGAGAAAGAGGUGAAAAAGGAGCUAUGGGAGAGCCUGGACCCAGAGGACCCUAUGGUCUGCCUGGCUUCCCUGGUCCACGAGGCGAGAAGGGUGAUGUAGGAGAAAAGGGAGAAAAGGUGACCUCUCCAUUCUAG